AUGGCACUGCUCAUGAUGGAACAUUCCGAACCGGCCAUGCAGCUGGAAAAUCAGCUGUUUGCCUUGCCGGCUACAUUGACCGACCGCUGGCGUACCGAACACGAGAAACUGAACCCUACAACUAUUUUGACCGACAAUGGAUCCGCUGGUGACAUUAAUUUCUUUAUACCACCUAGUACGGCUGGUCUGCUCAGUUUGGCAGAUAUGAUAUUGGAGUUGGAAGUGGGCAUCAAAGUGCGUAAAACUACCGGUGACUGGGAAUUGGUAACCGCGGAUGAUGGGGUGGCACCGGUCAAUAAUUUCUUGCACUCGCUCUUCUCAUCCUGUCAUGUAACGGUAGCCAAUCGACUGAUCUCGGAUGCCGCCACGUUCUAUCCAUACCGAGCAUACUUUGAGUCAUUGCUAUCGCAUAGCAAAGAGGCUCAAAGUAGCCAGUUGACUUCGGCUGCAUUCUAUUUGGACACGCCCGCCAAACAUAACGAUGAGACGUCUAAUCAAGGAGAAAAGAGCCGUAAGGCUUUAUUUCAAACCGGACAAUAUGUUCAACUUUCUGGAAGACUAUUUUCGGACUUGUUUGACCAAAGCAAACCACUGUGCACAGGGGUUCCUGUGAACAUCCGUCUGGUAGUCAGCCGCCCUGAAUUUGCCCUGCGUGUGUGGGAUAAAGAUGCCACGAAAACGUUUAAGCCCUUCAUUCGCAAUGCUCGGUUGUCUAUCCGACGCUACAUUCCCUCACCGGAUUUUCUGACAGCUGUUGCUGGUGAAUUGUUAAAGAAAACCGUCAAAUAUCAUGUUGAGCGGAUAGUUAUGCGCGUGUCGGACAUUCCUCAAAAGACGCAAAGCACCGUGGUCAGCAAUCUACAGAUUGGGCAAAUACCCAAAGUCGUGUUCGUUGGAUUUGUCGAUAGCGAAGAUUUUCACGGAUCCAUCAAAAAGAAUCCGUUUAACUUUCAACAUUUCAACAUUACACAACUUAGUGUGGAAGUGGAUGGUCAGAGCUUCCCUAGCAAACCCUAUAUAAGUCAUUUUGAACACAACUUAUCCUUGGAGUGCUACGAUGGUUUGCUCGAUACUCUGGGAUACCGACCGAGUUUGCAAGGCGGACUACCGUUCAACCGCACCGAAUAUAAUCAAGGAUAUACCGUAUUUGGUUUUGACCUUACACCAGGACAUACUGGCCGCGGACCUUUGACCUUGAUAAAACAAGGAAAUCUGAGUGUAUCAGUUUCCUUUGCUAAACCAUUGACGACAACAAUCAUGAUGGUGUGCAUGCUGAUUUAUGACAGCAUCAUCGAAAUUAAUCAACAUCGCCAGUUGAUUGCGGAUUUUUCAACAUGA